AUGAAGACCACUCGCAAGUACAGGGCACUGCUGUCCGUUAGUAUGAUUCUUUUAGCGCUCUUUUUCUCAAUAACUGCUUUCAUCACAACAUACUGGUGCGUCGGCACGCAGCGCGUCCCCAAGCCGAAGUGCACUAAACUCCGCACGCACAACUGCAUCGAUUAUGGAGUGAACGAGACGGACCCCAAAGUAGUGGUGUACAGUUGGGAAACGGGGGACGACCGUUUCCUAUUCAGACAGUUCCACACCGGGAUCUGGUUCUCCUGUGCGGAGAAUAUCCAUGAUGAAGGUGAGGUGAUGAGGUGUUGUUGUUAAUGACGUUGUCGCAUAUUGUUGUCAAUUAAUUAUAGUGAUGUCUCUGGAGUGUAAAGACUGAAACUAUAUGGAUAUUUAUAGGAAGGAGGUUUGCAGGUGUGUGUGUUCAAACUAUUCUAUCAAUACCGGUUUCUAAACAGGCAUUCUUGCCAUUCGAAAAGAACACCCUGGAAAUUCAGAAAUAGACAAGGAUCUAUAAAGGCUUGAUUAGAUUUUUGCACACACAUGCACACACACACACACACACACACACACACACACACACACACACACACACACACACACACACACACACACACACACACACACACACACACACACACACACACACACACACACACACACACACACACACACACACAAUUAAACUCUGAAGUAUUGGAUAGCCUAAAGAGCAGUUUAUCCCUGCAUAACAAUCAUUGGAACAUGGGAUGGGAGUUUCGAGUUACAGUACAGUGACCCCUUGGGAAGAAGUUUAGGGGACAUGAGCUUAGUGCUCUUAGAAAGGGUCCCUACUGGCUCUGCUAGUAGUCUUCCUUAGCAGUCUAUCUUCUUACAGGUCUAUAGGGUACUAAUAGUCUACCCUAGCAGUCUCUCUUCCUACAGGUCUAUAGGGUACUAGUAGUCUACCCUAGCAGUCUCUCUCCCUACAGGUCUAUAGGGUACUAGUAGUCUACCCUAGCAGUCUCUCUUCCUACAGGUCUAUAGGGUACUAGUAGUCUACCCUAGCAGUCUCUCUCCCUACAGGUCUAUAGGGUACUAGUAGUCUACCCUAGCAGUCUCUCUCCCUACAGGUCUAUAGGGUACUAGUAGUCUACCCUAGCAGUCUCUCUCCCUACAGGUCUAUAGGGUACUAGUAGUCUACCCUAGCAGUCUCUCUCCCUACAGGUCUAUAGGGUACUAGUAGUCUACCCUAGCAGUCUCUCUCCCUACAGGUCUAUAGGGUACUAAUAGUCUACCCUAGCAGUCUCUCUCCCUACAGGUCUAUAGGGUACUAAUAGUCUACCCUAGCAGUCUCCCUCCCUACAGGUCUAUAGGGUACUAGUAGUCUACCCUAGCAGUCUCUCUCCCUACAGGUCUAUAGGGUACUAGUAGUCUACCCUAGCAGUCUCUCUCCCUACAGGUCUAUAGGGUACUAGUAGUCUACCCUAGCAGUCUCUCUCCCUACAGGUCUAUAGGGUACUAAUAGUCUACCCUAGCAGUCUCCCUCCCUACAGGUCUAUAGGGUAAACUGAAUGUCUGUACCAAGAAGUAAAAACGUCACACAGCUUUACUCUUGAGUCUAAACAAAUGCACAAGGUGAAAGUGCAACAUCUGGAUCCGAUGACAUGCGUGCGUAAGCGUUGUUACCAUGGGAAUGACAACACCAUUAAGUCAAAGGUGUCUCAGGAGAUUAUAUAGCUAGAUUAGUUACACUGAGUCUGACUCAAUCAAGAACAUUUUGCAACAUUCCCACCUUUAAAACAGGAAAAAUGGCAGCUUUCCCAUCUCCAAACAUCGGUCUGGACUUCCAGGUACUGCAUCAGUUAUCAGGAUCAGAGCUUCUGGUUGAAUACAGUAGACCUGGUCUGGUGAUAGCAUAUUAAAGAGACAUUAAGAACAUAAAGAAAGCACCACAGUUUAUGCAAGAAUAAAAACUUGGAGCAUGUUGUCUCAUCAGGUCUGGGACUGUACACAUACACAGGCGUGCACACACACACACACACACACACACACACACACACACACACACACACACACACACACACACACACACACACACACACACACACACACAGCUUGAGUUAACUAAUAAGGAUUACAUAACGGCCCUUGAUGAGUUUUUCCUCUAAACAUCUGUCACCAUCUUCCUGAUACCUGAUUAUGCAUUAGAUUUACGACAAAUCCAGCAGCCGCGGCGGGCGGCUACAAUAGACAGCUGACGGAAAUAAUAAAUCACGCCUGGAAGAGGGGAGGAAAGGAGGGAGGGAUGGGUGGAUGAAUAAGUGCAUCAUGCUAUCAAGUGUUGAUCAGGUGACAUAAGGUCUUAUAGGAUCCUAGAAGGUCCCAGUAAUGUCCUGGAAGAAGAAGUACCAGAAGGAUGUCAUUUGGGAAGGAUUGAACUGGAAGCUCUGUGGUGAUGGUAAAGUCAUUGACCUCUGUGAACUCUGGCUUCUUGUCCUUGACCUCGCUGUGCCCUUUCUCAUGCAAAGCACGCGAUGGUUGAACUUUUAACCUUUUUCCUCUAAAAUAGCUUCUACCGAUGCAUUAGACUAGAUAGGCUACUCUCAAUGUGUUGAACAUGAUCUUCUGCUUGUUUCUGACCUCUUGAUUUGCAGUUUUGUCUCUUUGCUUUGCUCAUGCCAAGCACACGUCACUAUUUAUUUUGAACAACACACAUUUCCUCUUAAAUACCCACUGGGCACAGAUGUCAUUUCAAAGUCUAGUUUUGAUUGACAUUUGGUUGAGUUGUCAACUACUGUGAAUUCACCAUGAAAUCAUCAAAACAUUUCACCAUGACAUUGGAUUUAGGUUAAAAGUUGGGUGAAAAAAAAGAUUACAUUGCCUUACAUUGAUGACUUUCUGCAAAUCCAAUCAGUUUUCCACGUUGAUUCAACGUCAUCACAUUGAUUUUUUGUUGUUGAAAUGACUUCAUCACAUUUAUUGUUUGUUGUUGAAAUUACGUGGAAACAAUGUUGAUUCAACCAGUUUUUGUCCAGUGGGUACAAUCAAGUAGACUAAAUAAUCUGAAUAACUUGUGUGUGCCUUGAAGCUGCUUGUAGGCUAUUUAAUCUAUAUUGCAUGCCAAGCUCGCAGUGUGUCUCUUCUUGAACUUUUGAACCUCACCUAAAAUAGAUUAUUCGUACAAUUGUAGGCUAAUAGAUACUCUGAAUGAUUUGUGGCUAGAAUCCAGUGAACUUUGCUUGUAUUUUACUUCUUUCAUUUUUGGGCUUUUCCCUUUCUCCAUGCCAAGCAUGCAAUGUGUCUCUUCUUGAACUUUUGAACUUCCACAAAUUUCAAAAAUCAAGUCAACUAGACAGGAUACUCUGAGUGAAUUGUGACCCUGAAGUACCCAUGCGAUGUAUUACAGCUUGAUAUGAAACUACAUUUUCUCCAUUCGUUCCAGGUGAGAAAUGCAGGAGCUUUAUCGAUCUGGCUCCGGCUUCGGAGAGAGGUGAGUGAUCACUGCAUACAUCAGGAGGUAAACAUAUCUGCUAUAGAGCUGUACAUCCCCCAUACCAAGAAGAUUACAUAUAGAGGGAGAGCAGGGGCAGACUGGGACCAGAAAUCGGCCCUGGCAUUUCUAACACACCGGACCAUUUUUUUCCUUGAGGCCCCCACACCAGCCCAUAUUUUUCUUCAGGCCCCCAUUAUUAGCCAGAUAAUGAUCAUAUUGUGAAAAAAAAAAAGUUAGACAGACCCACUUGGCAAAAAAUGGACCAGCCCAUCUGGCAUUUGCCAAAAAUGCCAGAUGGCCAGUCCACCCCUGGGGAAGAGGAUGUUUUUAUGAAUAACAGAAUAAACUCAUUUUCAAUUACAUACCUACAGUAGAAAAGAAGAGAAUAUCUACUUUAUUUCUCAACUCCUAAUAUUGAGCAAAUUACACUCCUUGGAGCUAAUUACACUCACUGGAGUAUCUGAUGUAGGCUUUGGAAAACCAGUGCAGCAAGUGCCGCAGGCUGAUGGUAAGCUUUCUUGACUUGGACAUUCACUUUUGCCAACACAUGGCUAACCUUUGUUUAAUCAGCUAAACAGCUGCUCUUAGUCAAAAUAAUGAAAAACGAUCUACCAAAUCUAUUCAUAAAUUUUUUUGAGUACUUGCCCUUCCCAUUAUCAUUCACCUAAUGAUAAGACAAGACAGCACAUUUUUUGCUAACGUAUGAUGGGGUUCCCUGGGUCGCCGGUUUGCCUGGGAGGGGGUCCCUGGGCAAAAAACUGGUUGAAGACCCCUGGUCUACAGGGUUGCAUAAAGUAUAAAAGGAUGUUGAGCUAUACUCUUGCGGUAUGAAGGGGUCUGCAUCCUGUCUCAACUGCCAUCUUGCACUCAAAUGUCGUCUUUAGCUGCUCAAAUGUUAUAACAAUGGCUGUCAUGACACCACCAUACAGGAGAUGUUUGCAGGGUGCUGUGGCUGCAUCAAGUUUUAUCUGCCUUCUUAUAUUUAGUUACUUUGUUGGCCUUUGUUGUUCCAAUUGAGGAAAUUACAUUUUGACACAAUCUUUUCCCCCUCAUGUAUAUUAAAUAUGAACAUACCACAUCAUCAAAGUUUAAUUUGAUUAACUUUAAUUGUGUCUGAAUUUGGAUAUAAAGAACAAUAUGAAGUAUUUAACUGCUACCAAUGUUGCAGAUUAAAGUAAUGCAUGGAGCAAUAGGAUUGGUGUGACUUUCUUUGUUAAUAUAUUAAAAAGGAAGGAAGGAAGGCAGAGUAGAUUUAAUUGAGCUUCAAAAUGAAAAAUCCACCCAUAUGCUUCUACUGAUUGUUUUUAAUGAACAUUCUUGAGAAAGUUCUCCUGUGAGACUUAUAACUAAAUGCUUUUUACAUCAGAUCAUCUAUCUAUAAGCUUUGGUUUUACACUAGUUAUUACAACUUGUUCUGUAUCUCUGGUAUACUUUUUGCAUAUUCAUUAAACUUGAACAUUGACAUCACAAUAGUUGAUUGAUGUAUUGACUAUAUCAGCCUUGAUGUACAGGAGGUAAUAUAAACUCAUCCCUAUUCCAGACGUACUGUGGCUUAUGUUCUCAAACAACCUUGGCAUCAUCCGCUGUGUUGUCAGGGACACGGGAUGUGGGGUUGCUAUGGUCACACCCACUCUGUCGAAGGAGAACGUUAUGAUGACAGCUGUGAAAUGAUCCAUGAGCAAAUUGUACUUUGCAUUGUUCGUAUAGCCGACUUUGUUGCUAUACUCUACUCACAAGAAUACUUCUACAGUAAUAAGAACGCUGUACAGUGUUCAUACUGUCUCCAAAGCUAAGUACCACCAAAGUUAAGGACCACCAAAUCACCAAAAUUCCAUAAUGAAACAAGGCACUGUCUCAGUCUUGGUACAUUCCAUCCCCAACCCCAUCCCCGCCAACGCCCCUGACCCUCCGUCCUAUCCCGUUGACAGCGUCUCGGGGGAAAUACUGGUACCAGCCAAUGUUCACUUCCUGCAAUGAAGUGUCAAGAAGGAUUAAUAGCAGACAGGCGAGGUAGGAAGAGAUGUCUGACUCCAACCUGUCUCGUAGCGAGACAGAGUGAGGGUUUGACUCGCUGGAAGGCCUGAGAAGAUUCCUGAUACUUUUAGCUUCAGAGAUGAAUUACAUUAAUUGGUUUUGAGUGGCCUUUCGGUCCUGAGAUAUAUUAUCAACAGGUCUGUUCUCACUAUGGAUGUCAGAAAUGAUGUAAGAGAUGUAAGAUAGGCAGAGACCAAAAACUAAAACAGACAAACUUGUACCCGAGUUAAGUUAGGACACAAUCGUCAGACAUCAGGAAUUACUUUUUGGGGAAUAAAACGUUUAGUGUCCAUGACAGUACUUCAAAUAGGCACCUGUCAAAUACAGUCCUAUGAUUUAUGAAUGAAACAGAUGGGUGAAGCAUACACGAUCAAAGAAAUCAACCCUAUUCUCCACAACCAUGAGAUAUCAUUAUGAGAAUACUAUCAGCGAUUCAAAUUCGACAUCAUAUCAUGGUUAUAAAAAAUUGCUCACUGAUUUCCAAUACCCUUGUUUGUUGCAGGUGUCCUAUGGCUGUCUGUGGUCUCUGAGAUGCUGUACAUAGUCCUGUUGAUAGUGGGCUUCAGCCUUAUGUGUCUAGAACUGGUCCACUCCAGCACCAGCAACAUGAUAGAUGGACUGAAACUGAACGCCUUCGCUGCUGUCUUCACCGUCCUCUCAGGUACAGAGGAACAGUUUAAAACAACCUCUUCAAGACGGCACAAACAGAUCUGGGACCAGGCUAUUGUUUCAUGUGUAAGGGCCAGGAGUUGUCCCAGACCACAUGACCUGACCAGGAAAAACUCCUGACAACUAUAGAGCUCAGAUUUCUUUCUGUUCAUGACACAUUUAGAUUUUUGUUGAAUUAUAUAUGUUACGUCACAUGCUAUCUGUUGUUGAGUCUGGUCUGGGAAAAACUCCUGGCCCUAUUUAUGUGAAAUCUGUGGAGCAAACUAAACAAACACAGAAAUACUUGUAUACAGUACUAUGCAAUUGUUGACACUAGCAGACAUGGAAAAAGUAUUAGAAGGUGGUGAACAUGAUGAAAAGUGAAGCUAGCAAGUAGAGAAGUUCAUUUUGUACGUAUUGACUUGGAAAUAACCUGCAACCUCUCCGAAUGUAGAAGCAUCAGCUAUCAGAGAGGGAUUUUGAAAAGUCACCGUCACAGCGGUCACAAGUUCCUGGCAUGUGUGUGUGUGCCCGUGCGUAAGCAAGUGUGUGUGUGUCUGUAUGCCUGUGUACAUGCGUGUAUGUGUGUGUGUUCACGUACAUGUGUAUGUGUAUGCAUGUAUGUGUAAGUGUAUGUGUGUGCGCGCCUACAUGUACACUAAACAUCUAAAUGUAUUCCGGUAUCUGUGUAUUUCCAGGUCUCCUGGGUAUGGUGGCCCACAUGAUGUACACACAGGUGUUUCAGGUGACAGUCACCCUGGGCCCUGCAGACUGGAGGCCCUAUAACUGGGACUAUGGCUGGUCCUUCUGGUAGGGUACACACACACAAACACGCAAUUCAAAUCAAAUCCAAUUGUAUUGGUCACAUACACAUAUUUAGCAGAUGUUAUUGCGGGUGUAGUGAAAUUCUGUGUCUCCCUACGUAGCGUCAAUAAUGAAAACCCCAAAGCUCUCAUGUUACCAGGCGGAUUAGGCUUUGGUGUCCCAAAGCCCCAAUAUAUAUAUGGUAGAUGCGAUUGGAAAAUUGCAUAAGGGGAUCAAGGGUGAAGUGUAGCCCACAUAGACAUAUGUACACUGUAUGUUCAGAAUGUUAAUCUUCCAGGCAGAACAUCUUGACCAUUGUGACAUAGCUCUGGAUUAUAACAUGUGCAGUGAAUGAAUAUGGGAGCUACAAUGUAUAGACUACUGCACAGUAGUGGCCUAUUACAUUGGGAUGUAUCCAUAUUGACAUACUACCCUAUUGGGAUUGACAGAUUGACAGUAAUCAUGCAAAACUAUGAUCCUUCCAUUUUUUUACAUGGGAAUAAUCAUAUUUACAAAAAGUAUGCCAAAAAUCCCCAAACUCAAAAUGAUUAUAUGUUUUCCACAGUAUUUUGCACUGUUUCAUCAAAACAUCCUAUUUCUUUGUGUAAUAUUUGUCUGAAUUAUUUGAGCUGUUGUCAAGUGAUUGAUAACUUUGGUAUUUAACAUUUUUUAGCUUUUAAAGCCAUUUGUUUGUUUUAAGCCAUUUGUUUGUUUUAAAGUCAUUUGAAAUUUGUUUUUCAUUCAAACAGCUGCCCUAUGAACUGACCAUGAACAACGAUAGGCCUAAAUAUGCAGAUUGCACCUUUAAUUGACUCUUCCUUGCUUUUUUCUCUCUAUGUCCCCAUCAUUUUCCUCUCCUCUAUCUCUUCCAUCUAUUCCAUUUCCUGUUUUCCAGCAUGGCCUGGGCAUCCUUCACCUGCUGCAUGGGUGCAUCAGUCACUACCCUCAACUCCUACACCAAGACUGUCAUCGAGUUCCGACACAAACGUAAGACCUUCGAGCAGAGCAUCCGCAAGGAGCAGGCGCGGGAGACGUUGGGAUACUACCGCGAUCACUCCCUACACUCCAUCUCCCAAACUGUGGAGGUGUACACACAGACCCCAUAUAGCACUGGUAUUAUGACACACAUACCGGCAGCGUCGUUAGACCUGAGUGAGGUACCAGACACUCUGGGGGAAGACCAGUGCUGA